AGACACAGCAGCAAUGCUGUCUGUGCGCGUCUGUCUCGAUGUGCAGAAGAUAACGAGAGUGACAGAUGCUUUUAGUUUAACGUGUGUGUAAGCGUAUAUACACACUGGUGAGGACGCACUUUGGAUUUUCUCUCUGCCUCUCCCUGAUUGAUGAUCUCCAUCUAACGAGGUCGACCAAGUAUGACAGCUUCCCUGAGCUCCUGCAGUGGCUUAGAGGUCCUCCUCUCCUCUCUGCAGAAUGCAGGGGACGUUGAGAGCACCUUAACUUCUCUCAGUGUCCUGGAUGAACUUCUGUCUGCUGGUACAGAUCGUCGUAUCCACUAUAUGAUCAGUAAAGGUGGCAGUGAAUCCUUGCUUACUGCACUGGUCAACACUGGGCGCAGUUUCAGUCCCAACUACACCAUCUUGCUGCCACUGCUGCACCUGCUGGCUAAAGUUGGACACAGAGAUCGUCAUAUAGGUAGGAAGGCAGAGGAGGCUGGAGCUGUGCUGCUGAGUCUGAAUCUGCUCAAACACAACAUCAAACAUGCUAGGAGGGCUGCAGCCUUUCUACGGGUCAUCCAGGUCUUCUCUGCAUCAGUUCCUACAGCAAACCUUAUAGGAAAGAACUAUGGACUAGAUGUCAUCUACCGCCUCAUCCCUCAAUAUACCACCAAACAUCUGCACACCAUCAAGGCAGCCAUUAGUGCCUUUGCUGCUCUGCUGUGCACAAAGGCUAAUGUUUCCUCAGUGGUAUCUAAGGGUUACAUCUUCGGCCUCAUGCGGCUUUAUGAGGACUGGCACAGAAAGGACACUCAACAUAUUGCAGUAACAAUCCGCCACACACUGCUGCGCUGCCUCCAUAAGGUCACCCAUAGUACUGCUGGCAGACAGGCUUUCGUAUCCCAGGGAGGCAUCAGACUGUUGUAUGAAACUACACAGACAUGUUUGCUGAGUAAAGAUAUGGAAUCUCUGGUAGAGUCCUCUGUGCAGCUGAUGAGGAAAUGUCUUCCAAAAACUCCUCUGCCACUGACAUCAGAUCAGUCUGCAUACACCUUCCCCUUGCCUGGAUGGCCACAAGCUGUCCCAAAUAUGGAUGCUGAACCAGAUGACAGCAGUGGGGAAAGUGAUGAUGAGGAGGCUGAACAUAACCAAGAGGUGGAGUAUGAUGAUGAUUUGGAGACUGACCUGAACAAACUACGUCUUCCUCCUGACCCAGACAGACCCAAAGAGCUGCUGCCGCAGUAUAGCCGCCUCUGUCCUGAACUCUCAUAUGACUUCCAGGAGCUGGAUUUAAGUUCUGAGCCAGACGAGCACACGACAGCAUCAUCAGCAUCUUCGUCAGAUGAGGAAGCUUUCCUGCUCAACAUAUGCCCUUUCCACUACUCCAGGAGGGACAGAAGGAGGUGUAAUGCCAUCAGUGAUUUGUUCACCUCCUCUUCAAGGUCUUACUCAGAGGCGGAACCAGAAGGAUACAAACCAGCUGCUGCCCAGUUAGAGGCCUGUGAUUUCCGCAGUCACAACAGCAUCCUGAGCACCAGCCCCAGAAUUAGGACCAUGGUUAGAGAGGCAAGGGGAGAAGCCCCUCCAGGUCAGAGAGUGGAUGAGCAGGAUGAUGAAGAGAAUGCAGAACAAUCCCAUCAUCGUACCAUUAUAGACAGGGUAUUGGAGAGACAUGGAGCCUUUAUCCCCCACCAUGACCCCAAACUGUAUCGUGCUGAAGCCGCCAAAACCAUAUCUAUUCCAGGGUUCAGCAUCCUGGCUUUUCCUGAUUUCUGGGGUCACCUCUCACCACCAGGACAUGAACCCAUGGCCCCACGCAAACCCAGCAUACAGAGGCAGAAAGUGUUUGAAGAUGUCCAACGUUUCUUGAAUACUGAUGGCAUCAUCAACAAGGUCGUGUUUGACCUGGAAGACAGCAGUCUUCAGUAUCCGCCUGAUGCCUUGAGGUUUUUCUCUAAGUUUGAAUGUGGGAACCUAAGAAAGGCUGUCCAGGUCCGCAGAUAUGAAUAUGACCUCAUACUGAAUGCAGAUGCCAACAGUAACCAGCACACCCAAUGGUUUUAUUUUGAAGUCAGUAACAUGGUGCCAGACUUCCCCUACCGUUUUAAUGUCAUCAACUGCGAGAAGAGCAACAGCCAGUUCAACUAUGGAAUGCAGCCGGUGCUGUACUCAGUAAAGGAAGCUCUGGAAGGUAGACCCCACUGGGUCAGGACUGGGACUGAAAUUUGUUAUUACAGAAACAACUUUUGUCCAGCCCAGUGCAAAAGGAGAACAACCUUUUAUACUUUGACCUUUACCAUCACCUUCGAACACAACGAGGAUGUGUGCUACCUGGCCUACCAUUAUCCCUACACGUACUCUGCUCUGAAGGCUCAUCUGAAGGUCCUGAAGAAAUCAGUGGAUCCCACCAAAGUGUUUUUCCAGCAGCAGAUUCUUUGUGGCAGUUUGGCUGGAAACUCAUGUCCACUGGUUACCAUCACUGCCUGUCCUGCCAGCAGGGGCUGGAGAGACAUUCACCAGCUCCGUAAUCGUCCCUGUAUUGUGCUGACAGGUCGUGUCCAUCCCGGUGAGUCUAAUGCCAGCUGGGUUAUGAAGGGCACCCUAGAUUUUCUAUGCAGUAGUGACUCCAUAGCUCAGAGUCUGAGGGAGGCCUUCAUCUUCAAGAUCAUCCCCAUGCUCAACCCAGACGGAGUCAUCAAUGGCAUGAAUCGCUGCGAUCUCAACUGUGCAGAUCUAAAUCGUCAGUGGUGUAAACCUGACCCAGUCCUCAGUCCAACCAUCUACCACACCAAAGGUUUCCUCUACUACCUCAACAGUAUAGGACGGACUCCACUGGUUUUCUGUGAUUACCACGGCCACUCCAGAAAGAAAAAUGUCUUCCUGUAUGGCUGCAGUGUUAAGGAGACUCUAUGGCAAUCUGGCUCUGCCAUUAAUACUGUGGGAUUGAAAGAGGACCCUGGAUAUAGGACCAUUCCAAAGACCUUGGAUCGUAUCGCACCGGCCUUUUCUUUCAACAGCUGCAACUAUUUGGUAGAGAAGUCUCGCUCUGCUACAGCCAGGGUGGUUGUCUGGAGGGAGAUGGGCGUGCUGAGAAGUUAUACCAUGGAAAGUACUUACAAUGGCUGCAACCAGGGAAUAUACAAGGGCCUGCAGACAGGAACCAAGGAGCUGCAGGAGACUGGCAUGAAGUUUUGCCACAGUCUACUGUCUGUGACCAAAGACAUGAAUAUUCUUUACAGCCGAAGACUCAUCAACCACAUUGACCUGGACCGCAGCACCCUGGACCACAAUUCUUACAACUGUUUUGAAGACGAUGAACCUCCAUGUGUCGAGGAGAUUGAGUAUUCCACAGAUUGUCAAACACUUAAUGGAACUGAUUUGGAUUCAGAUGUCAACAGCAACAUGACCGGUUCUGAUGAGGAGGAGGAUGAUGAAAGACUCAGGGAAGCAAAUCAUCAGCCUAGCAGUCGCAAAUCACAGCAGUCAAGUAUGAAGAGCCGCCCAUUUCCCCACCUGAUCAGACAGGCCUCCAUUGAGACACUCGAUGAGAAAAGAAAUACAUGUUAUGGUGUGAACAUCAAUGGACAAAUGAUGAGUUAAUAAAUAUUUAUAUAUUUCUCUACAGUUUUCCUCUAAAAGGUCCUCUAAGCAUUGUAUAUUUUCCUCCUUGAAACAUAACAGGUGUAUCUGAAUGCAAAGAAACAUCUGGAUAAACAGAGUCACCUGACUUGACUCAAGUCAGUCUUGAGUUAUGUUUAGUUUUUAAAAUAUGAUGACGCAUAUAUCACAGCAGGGGAGGACCUACCAGCAGAUAUUGGUGCCCACGCUACCACAGCUCUGUCCUCCUGCCCACAGCUCUCCUUAGAGAAAUGGCAGCAUGUACAGCGACAGCAUGAGCUUCACCUUGUGCUUUUAUUCAGUUCUAUCUGCGUUAUACACUGAUCAGACAAAACAUAAAAACCACUUACAGGUGAAGUGAAUAACUUUGAUUAUUUUGUUCCAAUGUAUUGUUCUGCUGGGAAACCUUUGGUUCUGGCAUUCAUGUGGAUACCACCUGACAUGUUCCACCCACUUAAACACUGUUGCAGACCAAGAAUGUUACAAAGACCUCAAAAUGUCAACCUGGCCUCCAAAUUCCCCAGAUCCCAAUCUGAAUGAGCAUCUGUGGAACGUACCAUUAACUCACCUCACAACCCACUGGACUAAAUGGAUCUGCCACCAAUGCACUGGUGCCAGACACGGCAGGACACUCCCAGAGAUCCUGUGUCCAUCCCUCGAUAGAUCAGAGCCAAGUCUGACCCAAGGAGGCCCUACCUUGGAUUAGGGGUACAUCUGAGGUACCAGCACAUCACAAGAAUCCUUAAGCAGAGUGGGACCUGGGAAAUUUAGAAGCCAGUUCAACACCUUGAGCUUUUUGUCACGCUCCACAGGCCAUUUCUAAACAGUUUUUGUGGUGUAGCAUGCUGCUUUUUUCUGCAUGGGGGCCACUGUCGUACUUGGUCUACAACAGUAUUUGUGUGGGUG